ACUCUCGUUGUUUACGGCCAUGGACUCUAAGGAAGUGUCAUUACCCUUGAUCCACAAGCAUCUUAUGAUGCCUUGUAAUGAUCCGAGGCAAGGUGAUUGUUGUGGAGGCUUGGAAGCUAUCAGUGAUGGCUAUUUUUGCAAAAGAUGUGAUUGUUUCGUCCAUAAGAAAUGUGCCACGUCCUCUAAAUAUAUCAAACUCCCAUCUCACUCAGCUCACACCCUUGAGCUUCUAAGUAAACCACAUCAUUAUUGUGAUUUAUGUGGAAGGUUUAUUAGGAAUGUAUGCUAUCAUUGUGAAAUGUGUGAUUUUGACGUGGAUCUAUAUUGUGCCAAGUACCCACCACCAGAGGUUAUUGACGUUUCCGAGGCGCAUCACCACAAGCUUACCCUUUUCAGGGAACGGAUCGAGUUCAACUGUGGUGCUAAAUGUGGCAAGAUUGGUAAUGGAUUUCCUUACAAAUGUCAUGAAUGUGAUUUGAACUUCCACAUAGAUUGUGUAUGGCAAUCGGCGGAGGUAAAACAUCCAUUAGAGAAAGAUUGAAGAUAAAUUGUUUUAUCAUUG